GUAGUUUUAUUGUAAAUUCAGCUCGUUAAAUGUGUAUCAAAUGCCGGUGGGUUAUAUGGUUGGUGGUUGUUUUCAACGCUGCAAACCGUAUCGCUACACUUCGUCUCCAGUGUCGUAGCGCUUCCUGUGCGGUCUAUGACUUCUGCUCGACAGAGGAUAAAUUCGCCCUUAGCUAUAUUCCCGAAACUAUCGGCAGGGUCUACAUGUAUCGCAGCUGCAUCGAACGCAUGGAUCUCCCGCUACUAAAGGAUCUGCCUAGUUUUGUGAAAUCUUUGGAAAUACAGCAUGCUACCCCUUUAAGAUGGAUCAGUGUCCCGCAAACGCUCAAGGUUCUUUCGAUAGAGCAGACAAGUUUGCGUAGCAUCGAGAUUGAAGCAAAUAGUACGCUAAAGCAUUUAAUGAUCGCAUACUGUCAUCUAUCUACCCUUCCAGACGCUAUACGACAUGCGCCAAUGUUACUCCACCUUCAAAUAAGAUCGUGCAACAUACAACAGCUUGAUAUGGCAAGUUUGUGUGAAAAUGCGCUCCUAAGUACAGUAAUUCUUACACAAAACAAGUUACGCUACAUUGCGAACACGUCGACCACACAGUGUGCCCUGUACGAUUCACUGUCGGCGCUAGUGUUGACAGGAAACCGGCUGAAAUCAGUCAACAUGGAGCUGUUCAAUGUGUUCGUUCAGCUAAACUCUGUUUUUCUGCAGAGCAACAGAAUCACCUCGCUUGCUGGCCGGUUUGUUCACAGCGCAAUAGCGGAGCUUCGGAUGGACAUCAAUAGGCUAGCGUCGUUAGACCUCUGCCAGUGGAGCGUGCCUGCACUGGUUUGGCUUUCGUUCAACGAUAACGUUUUGGCGGAGGUUCCAAAGUGUAUGAACAAUUUGAAGAAUGUUACGAGGUUGGUUCUGAGCUCCAAUGUACUAUCUAACUUUACAAUCGAAAGUGUAGCCGGGAUGGAACAUCUAGUAAGCUUAAGCUUAUCGAACAACCAGUUACUCUCAGUCACGUUGAACAGUGCACGAUUUCCGCGUCGUCUAGAGUUUAUAAAUUUGUACCAUAACAAUCUAACAUCGCUGGAUCUGUCCUUCAUACCGGUACGAUCGCUCAAGAUCGAUGCUUCCGGUAAUUUUAUUGCGAGCUUUGAUGUACACGGCACGUCUGCAAACGUUACACGAUUGGCUAUGGAGCAUAACCCAAUCGACUGUUCGUGGGAUAGCGACACGAAACGAGAGCAGGUGCAAUGUAAGGUUCAGACAGGAUGAAGUAGUAGUAGUAAUAUUAGUAUCCAGCUCAGAAGCUACAAGUUAUCCUACUGGUGUAUUGUGAUGCAGUCGUAUCCAUAGCAUAGAAGUUGACAGAG